AUGAAGUCCUUCCUACUGUUCUCUCUCCUGGGGCUCGCUGUGGCAUUGCCCAUCGAUGACGACGAUAAGAUAGUGGGUGGCUACGACUGCCCCGAGUACUCUGUCCCCUAUCAGGUGUCCCUGAAUGCAGGGUAUCAUUUCUGUGGAGGGUCCCUGAUUAAUACGGUGUGGGUGGUGUCCGCUGCGCAUUGUUACCUAUCACGUAUCAUGGUCAGACUCGGGGAGCACAAUCUUAAAGUUCUAGAAGGACCAGAACAAUUCAUUCAAGCUUCCAAAGUCAUUCCACACCCUCAGUUCGACCCCGAUGUUCUCGACAACGACAUCAUGCUAAUCCGACUAAGCAAGCCAGCCAAGCUCAAUACCAGGGUUCAGGCCAUUAGGUUGCCCACCCAGUGUAACCCCCCAGGAACGAUGUGCCUCAUCUCUGGCUGGGGAAACACUCUAAGCGAUGGAGUUAAAAAUCCAGAUCUUCUGCAAUGUCUGGACGCCCCCAUCCUCACUGACUGGGAGUGCCACAACUCCUACCCAGGGCAAAUCACCAAGAACAUGAUGUGCGUGGGGUAUCUGGAAGGAGGAAAAGAUUCCUGCCAGGGUGACUCCGGGGGACCUGUGGUUUGCAACGGAGAGCUGCAAGGAGUGGUGUCUUGGGGUUUGGGCUGCGCCCUACCUGAGUAUCCGGGGGUCUACACCAAGGUGUGCAACUACGUCACCUGGAUCGAGAACACCAUCGCAGAUUAUUAA